AUCUGUGCGUUUGAGGUCCGUGUCAGUUUAUGUACGUAGCCGUAAGAGAAUUAAGUACGAUGAUUUUUAAUUUGUUCACGAUGAUUUUUAAUUUGUUCACGAAGAAGAUGCGUGCUGGAUACUUAUAUCGUGACAAGUUAUGUUAAUUGAUUUAUUGACAGUUAACUUAAAUCACGCUAGAGUACUAAUGUGAUGUUGAAUUGAAAUGGUUACAAAUCGAGGGCACCGGGACGCUUUAGCGAUACCUCUGAAAUGUCCGUUAAGGCGUGGAAUCCGCAGAUUCCCGUAAAUUAACCGGGUAGCAGUCCAUGUUACUACGCCCUUAGUAUGACGCCCAGUUGUGGACUUAACCCCUUCGUCGAAGAUAGACCGCCCUCCUCAUACUGCUCCCAAAGUUAGCAAGCUGUUAGCAUAGGCAAUGUGGACCGAAAGCAGAGUUUCGGCAGACUUUGUCAGAAACAUCCACGUUCACCUUCUUCCACUGCUAGCUGCACCAUAUGGCCAAGCAUGAGGAAACCGCAGUGCCUGGAGAAAACCCACACAGGCACAGGGAGAACAUGCAAACUCCACACAGGCGGGGCCAGGAUUAAACCCGGGUCCUCAGAACUGUGAGGCCAACACUUUACAGCUGGUACACCGUGCCACCUAAUGCCUCCCAGGAUAUAAUAUACUAGGUGCCACAUCUGCCUCAGACCGGGAUUCAAAUUCCGGCCCCACCUGAAAUUUAAAGUCAGAAGUGGACACAAACACGCUCAAGUGCUGGAACUGCCCCUUCUCUGGCCAGCAAAAUCACCCCUCAGUUGAAUGUUCUACAUUAAGAAAGAGUGGCCCAGAUAUAUGUUAGAAAACUACCAUGGAAGACACUCGACCCAAACCCACCACUCCAGAGCCCAGUCCCACACCCAGUCCUGCACCCAGUACUGCACCAAGUCCUGCACCCAGUCCACUGUUGGAUAGAAUCCCGUUGCCAUCAGGAAACCACAUCGAGCACCUUAAUGUGAACCAGAUCCAGGUAGUAGUACGGCGUUGUUCCAGUCCAAAUGUCACAGAGGAAACAACCUAUUUUCUUCCUCGCAACCCUCUUGUGGAUGCUGGUACUAACACAGAACCACCAAUGGUCUGCUGCCCGUUGCUGCACAGAUUUUGCCCUUGUCCUCCAAGAGGCCUCAUAGCCUCUGUCAUUACAAAAGUCCUCCUGGCCGCAGUGCUCUUUGGAGUGGUGUGGUCUGUCACAGAGGAUGAAUGUCUUCCAGGGGGUAACCUGUUUGGCAUUACAGUGCUUUUCAUCUGUGCAGUUAUUGGUGGUAAACUAGUGGCUCUGAUCCAGUUACCCAGACUUCCACCAUUCCCUCCACUUCUUGUGUUAAACCUGUGGAACGUGGUUUUCUCAUGCUAUGCACGAUUGAACAUCAGAUGUAUAUUAUGGUAUGCUACUCAUGGGUUUCAUGCUGAGAAAUAUCCCAAUAAUAACAAAUGGUGUGUAUAUAAAUUUCAAGUGGUCCGCCUCCCUCAGGAACAUUGCACUGGCGGUCAUCCUAGCCAGAGCUGGUCUGGGUUUGGAUCCCUCGUGGGGCCCUGCAUCGUUGAGGCCUGCACAAUAGCUCUGGUCUCACACUUCCUCUUGGGUUUACCCUGGGUGUGGGGCUUCAUUCUUGGUUUUGUGCUUGGCGCUGUAUCUCCAGCAGUGGUGGUCCCCUCCAUGUUGCUACUCCAGAAGGAUGGUUACGGUGUGGAGCAGGGCAUCCCAACAUUGUUAAUGGCAGCGGGCAGCUUUGAUGACAUUCUUGCCAUAACAGGAUUCACUACAUGCUUGGGCAUGGCAUUUGCUACAGGUUCCACAUGGUACAACCUCUUGAGAGGUGGGCUGGAAGUGGGUGGUGGCCUGGUUGCUGGGAUCCUUCUUGGCUUCGUCAUCCAGUACUUUCCCAGUGUUGACCAGAAACACUUGGUGAUGAAGCGAUCCUUCCUGGUACUCGGCCUGUCUGUCUUUGCUGUGUUUGGCAGUGGUGUGGCUGGCUUUCCUGGUUCUGGUGGCCUCUGCACUCUGGUAUUGGCAUUUCUUGCUGGCCUUGGAUGGGGUACGGAAAAGGCACGCGUGGAGGAAGUGGUGGGCUGGGCAUGGGAUGUGUUUCAGCCACUUCUGUUUGGCUUAAUCGGAGCAGAGAUACGAGUGACAGAGUUGGAGGGACACAUAGUUGGUCUGGGUAUUGCUUCUUUGCUGAUUGCCCUGGUGGUCCGGCUUCUAUUCACCUACGUUUGCGUGUUGUUCGCCGGCUUUAACAUUCGAGAAAAGCUGUUCAUUUCUCUGGCGUGGAUGCCCAAAGCCACAGUGCAGGCAGCCAUUGGGUCCACAGCUUUGGACAUGGCCAGAAUUAGGCAAGACAAGGAGAUGCAGAAGUACGGCAUGGACGUGUUGACUGUAGCUGUGCUUUCCAUUCUUCUCACGGCGCCAGUAGGAGCCCUUAUCAUCGGCCUGUGUGGACCAUGCCUGCUGCAGAAACCAAAGAACUCAGCCUGUGGCACUGCAGCAGGUGGCGAUGAUGACAAUGAAACGCCGGUCACUUAUGAAAGUACUCUCUGACAUCACCAGUGUCACUGCAGGCAAUGGGGUGCUGAAUGACAUCAUCCUUCAUUUUGGAUUUGAGGGCAUUUGUUUGCAACUGCCGCAACAGUAUUGUCUAUAAUCAUCUUCACUGUUCAUCGCUGUUGAUGUAUUUAUUCUUUAGGAAACACUCAUUUCAGUUAUAAUUUGAAAUGAAAUAACUGGAAUGACAUGUUGGAUAUGUCAGCUCUCCUUUAGCCACUGCGUGGCCUGCUAUGUUACGUCUUGCUGUCUUCCAGACAGCUCCUGCUUUUCUCUCUCCUGCAGGAUCACACCUGUGAAUAGACUACUGUAUGUGUUUAUAACCACUGACUUCCACGCCUCAAACCAACGACCCGGGUUUGAACAUGUUCACGGUCAUGCAGCGUACGAACUGUAGUUUCCAUUCAGUCAUUUAUUUAUUUUUUUGUAAUUGUAUGAAAUAGUUUCCUGAAUGUUUUCAUUUUUAAAAAUGACUGGUUAUUCAAAUUUGUUAAAUAAGGGAAUCGAACUCAAGUGGUAAUACUAAUAAUUGCAGCUAGUAGCCUAUUUAGUUAUUUGGUAAAUUGAGUUGUGUUUUUUUAACAUGCUUAUGUUGCGUUUGACGCGAGUGCUAUUGUUUUUAAUCCAAAUGUGUAAAAGCUCAAGAAAAUGUAUAUACAGUAAUUCACAUUUUCCUUUGCUUCAAAAUUCAAGCUGAAUCUUAUUCAGUCCUCUAAAAAUCUUUUAUCAUUUUUUAAAAAUAACUUCUUGUUACCUAUAUUUCCAAAAUCUGCAGUGUAUUUUAAGGGAUGUCAAGAUGUUAAUUUUAUUUAAAGUGUGAUACGAAGAGUUUGAUUGCAGUAUUAGUAUUUAUGACAAAUAUAUGGAACUGAGAAUUAGUUUUGUACUAAAUAUUCUUAAAUAAACUUUUUUUUUUCAA